AUUAUGAAUAAACCCGGAAAUUGGGUUUCUAUCAUCUUUGACAGGGCUGUUCAUGGCGUCAAGGGCGACUGCAACUUCUUGCAGAAUCCGAAUGGUAGACGUGGCAGCCAUGGCGAUGAAGUUCGUUGCAGGGCCGGCUCUAAUGGCACUCUCUUCUGUCGUUGUAGGAUUGAGAGGCACGGUUCUUCGAGUUGCCAUUGUUCAGGCUGCUCUGCCUCAAGGGAUAGUUCCAUUUGUGUUUGCUAAAGAGUACAAUGUUCAUCCUGAUGUUUUGAGCACAUCGGUUAUACUUGGGAUGCUCAUUGGGUUGCCAAUAUCUCUUGCCUAUUACUCAUUGCUUGCACUCUGAAAAGCUGAAGAUCAACCCUCUCAACUGUUGAUGUAUGAAUUUGCUUUAGUUAAUAUAUAUGUUAUCUUUUCCAUGCAUCCCUCUGAUAUGCUUUGAUAGGCAUUGUAAUUGUGGUAUUGACAAUCUCUCAUAAAUAACAACAUAUUGACUAGGAUAAGUGUUGAAUUAAACUCAUGGAUCAUGUGAUUAUGUCAUUGUCAACAAAAGUCACUGUUGUCCUAUUUGUUGGACGUUUGAUCUAGCAAAAACUUAUCAUCUCGGCACUUUUUUUUGUCUCGUACUCAGAAAUUACUCGCAACAUAAUUCUUUGUAGGUUUACCAUUUAUGAUCUCGUCCAUAAAAUAUCUUCAUCAUCACUUACUUGAUUACACAUCCUCCCAUGUAACUUGCUCGGGAUCUAGAAACAAUAUUCUUCUGGUGUUCAUGUUAACCUAGCAUCAAAAUAGUGAUCCCCCAAGAGGGGGACUACCAUAAGAGUAUAAUGUGAGAUGGAGUGUGGAGUAGUUUUUAGAAUCAUCAACAAUAAAUCAAAUAAAAUAGAUCGAUGAUUAUCGAUUUGAAGAACAUUUUUUUAUCGAUCGCCACGUACAAUGAAAAUGUAUGUCUUUA